AUGGAUAAUAGUGUUGUGAUUCAUGAUGGAGAUUUCGAGCUCGAAGACGCCUCCUCCAGCUGGCGGCAGAAAUUGCCUCGAAUCGCUAGCGACCCCAGCCUUUGUUCUACUGCCAUCUCAGAAGAGGAUGCUAGUGAGCAUGCGAAGGAUAACGGGAAAGAGAGCUUCAAAAGCUUCACAGCGGAUGAGGAAAGAGUGAUAGUCAGAAAACUCGACCGCCACUUGGUUCUAUUCAUAGCAUUCCUAUACAUGCUCUCUUUUCUCGACCGAUCAAACAUCGGAAACGCGAGGAUCGCCGGCUUGACAGAAGAUCUAAACCUCGACUCUUCCCAAUAUGAAUGGCUACUUACAAGCUUCUAUUGCACGUAUAUUACAUUUCAAUGGAUGACCCUUCUGUACGGCAUCGUACCAGCUCACAUCUACAUAUCCCUUGCCACGCUGACAUGGAGCCUGACUGCAUGCCUGCAAGCCGUCGCAAGCUCAUUUUCUUCCAUGCUCGUUCUCCGCGCCCUCCUCGGUAUCGGAGAAGCUGCCUUCUCCCCCGGAAUCCCCUUCCUCCUCUCCUUUUUCUUCAAGCGGGAGGAGCUGGCAUUUCGAACCGGCCUCUUCAUAUCUGCUGCCCCUCUUGCAACUUCGUUUGCAAGUAGCCUGGCCUGGCUGAUAACAAAGGUGGCAUAUCAUGUCCAUAUAUCAGCAUGGAGAGUGUUAUUUCUAGUAGAGGGAUUUCCCAGCAUCAUUGUUGCUAUACUCGCGUGGUACCAGAUUCCCGAUACUCCUGACACGGCCAGAUUUCUCAACCAGCGCGAGAAGAAAAUUGCGCGUCUGAGACUCAGCAAGGAAAGGCAUACCGGAAAAGGGACGAUGAGCAAAAAAUCCAAAUUAGACUGGCAGGAGAUACGCGAGGCUUUGACGGACGUGAAGUGUUGGAUCACUGCGUGCAUGUUCUUCAGCUGCAAUGUAGCUUUCUCCAGUCUUCCUCCUUUCCUUCCGACCAUAGUCCACGAGAUGCAUUAUAGCGCAUUGGCAUCCCAAGCCCUCUCAGCCCCGCCCUACUUCGUUGCCUUCCUCGUCGUUCUAGUCACCGCCUUUCUCUCAGAUCGUUCACAGAAUCGAAGCUACUACGUGAUCUUUCACGCCCUCCUUGGUGGUUUCGGCUACCUCUCCAUCGCCAUCGGAGGCAUGCUUAGAGCCGAUUCGAGAUGGAGAUACGCCGGUGUUUACCCCGCAGCCGCUGGCUUCUUCUCCGCAAUAACCCUCAUCCUUACCUGGACUAUCAACAACCAAAACUCCGACUCGAAGCGAGGGACUGGCGUCGUAAUGCUGAAUCUCCUUGGACAAUUCGGACCCCUGGUAGGUACGAGACUCUAUCCGGAUAGUGAUAAGCCAUAUUAUGUGAAGGGUAUGGCUGUGUGCAGCCUUUUCAUGUUUUUGGUGGCAUUGCUGGCGUGGUGGCUGAGGAGAUUAUUGACCAGAGAGAAUGAGAAUUGGACGGAACACGAGGAGGCGAUAGGUGAGGGGGAAGACGAAGCGUUAGUGGAUGAGAAUGGUCUCAGGACCAAAGCUCGGUUCAUCUAUAUUGUGUAG